UCUUGUUUCAGCAUCACAAAAACAUCUUCCGAAUCAACAAAAUCUCUCCCCUCCUUCUCCGUCUUUUAAAAUCCUAAGUUAUAAUGGGUGUCAUCACUUUGGAAAAUGAGUUUGCCGUUGCUGUCGCCCCAGCCAAGCUCUUCAAGGCAUACUGCCUUGAGACCGACACUCUUCUGCCUAAAAUUCUACCAGAGCACAUUAAGAGCUCUGAUAUAAUUGAAGGAAAUGGAGGGCCUGGAACCAUCAGGAAGAUCACUUUUGCUGAAGGCAAAGAACUCAGUUAUGCCAAGCAGAAGAUUGAGGCAAUUGACGAAGAGAACUUGACCUACAGCUUCAGCUUGAUUGAAGCCAAUGUUUGGAAGGAUGCAGUUGAAAAGGUGACAUACGAGCACAAGUUCGUGCCAACUCCUGAGGGAGGAUCCAUUUGCAAGAGAACCAGCACAUACUACAUCAAGGGUGAUGCUGAGAUCAACAAAGAUCAAAUCAAGGAUGUGUAUGGAAAAAAGACAGCGGGCUUGUUCAAGGCUGUUGAAGCCUACUUCUUGGCCAAUCCAGAUGCCUAAAUAUGAGAAUUCCCAUGUUUGAUAGUCUUUUUGGUGUGGCUUGUUUCUUUCUUUUUUUUUUCUCUGGCAUUGGCAGUGUGGCAGAUGUUUUUUCUUCUUCUUUUUGGAUAAAUUUUUCUACCUUGAUAGUAUUUGAUUUUGUGGUCAUGUGGUUAUUUGUAUGGAAGCAUUUCUAUUAAGUUAUUGUAUUGUUUGCAAUAUUCAUAAUAAAAAGCUUUUUGUUUCCUUA